AUGCGAGCGGUAGAGGUGUCAUUUGAUAGCGGCCCGGUCGCGACGCCCGGUCGAUACGAGUCACUGGCAAGGCGAUUCGUUCGGAAGUACAAUGCACGGCAAGCAGCUGCUAGUGCGGCGCCCGUGGCGAAUAGUGGCUACAGUCAAAAUGGGCAGUAUCUAGGAACGGGCUCCCAGGUCUCCCAGGGCUCACAAGGCGUACAAGCUUCACAGGGGUCCCAGGGCUCACAGGGCUCACAGGGCUCACAGGGCUCACAGGGCUCACAGGGCUCACAGGUCUCUCCAGUCUCUCCAGUCUCUCCAGUCUCCCAGGGCUCACAAGUCUCACCGGGCUCACCGGGCUCACAGGGGUACCCGAAUUCCCAGGGUUCACAGGGCUCCUGGGGUCAGACCUGGGGAGGAGCGCAGAGUCCUGGUCAGAGCGUUGCUGGACAGGCACUGGGAGCCAGCACAGCCAUUCAGCAAGUUGCAACCGAAAAUACCGGCCAAUACACCUGGAGGCCCAACGGUGAGACGGCUCAGCUACAGACGAGCACUGCAAGCGUCGCUACAAGUAGUCUCAGUCAGUCAACAGCCACCAGCCAAAUGACGACUACCAGUCAGACGAGCAGCACUACUACCCAGGCGACAAGCACGACGAGUGACACGACAACCACCCACAGUAAAUCCAGCAGUACCAACACUCAACCGACGACACUGGAGACUCGCGUCUCUCACAAGACGACCGCCACAGCAACUAACGCUGCACAUGACAUCGCGCCCACCAGCACCGGCACCGGGCAUAAUGGAGCUAGCAAGCUGAACACCAGCGCGUAUGCAGCGGUUGCAGUUUGCGCUGGGGUCGGAAUCAUAGCCGCGUUUAUCCUGUUCUCGUUAUACCGAAAACGGCGACGGGCCAUCGCAAUAGCCAGGGCGAAAGAGUUUAGAAGACGACGAGGAGAGGGUCCGAAAUCUGGACAUUUGGAAACAAACAGCAGCGUCAAUACCUUGCCGCAGCUCUUCCUCGCGAGCAAAACAGCACUAUUCAGUGUGGUUUCUCUACGCUCAUCCAAUGAGAAGGAUGCUGUCGGCAGUGAUCGCAGUGACACGGAAAAGCAGAUAGGAUUAAACCCCCCUACUCAGGAUCGGAAGUCUCAACUCGGUACGGUGACUGUGGCAAUGCCGGCUGAGAGCCAGAGUGAUAGUGGCAGCAUUUCCGACGCCAGCACCGUCGCCGGUACUCCCUCUCGUCAUCCAACCUUCCGGCAGCCCACUGAACUCAAUUACGAUGACUGCAGUACAUCUGACGAGAGCUCGGACGGUGGUGUAAGCGAGCAACGUCCAGGGCUUUACAGGCGGUUUACAGAGCGUGUCGCAAACAUUCGGACCCGUUCAAAACAGCAUAAACCAGGCCAUCGCCACUGUCUCAGCGCACCAAACGAAAUCCUGACCGAUGGCUUUGCCUCUGCCGUAGUGCAGCCGACUCAUGAGAUCGAUACCGAUCGCCGCAGUACCUCUGACUAUGAUACUGAUCAGAGUACACGCGGCCAGCCUCAUGGAAUCCAGACCAGGGACAACAACCAUGAGUCGCACAGCACGUCGGACGAUGAAGCCGACAAUACCACGACGUCUCCCAAUGAUUCACGCACUACUUCCGGUGACGAGGGCGACCAUAUUGCCGCCUUUCAGCGUCCGCCACUGAAGACGAGGGGGAGCUUCAAGGAACGUGUCACCGGUCUCGCCAAGCUGUCCAGGAUGCCGAGUUUAAACUCCCUCUACAAAGGGUCCGCGCCGUCCUCGAUCGAGGAGAAAGAUCGCUCAGGGGCGAAACUAUCCACCAUUCCCGACGAUGAGUUGGAAGACAACAGGCUUGUCGCCUCCUAUGCGCCUUCCACCUUCAAGACAUAUUCCGUUGACAUGGAAUUCUCUCCUGCCAACGACAGUCACGUUAAGCUAGCUGUAGGCCAGUCAGUAAUUAUAUACCAGGUCUAUGACAACGGUUGGGUAUGUGAUACUAUAUCCCCCCUUCAAUCCCUCUUUCGUUCCGUGUGCUAA